AUGCCAGCCAACUCCACCGCCGCCGAUUCCACCACAGCCAAUUCUACCGCAGCCAAUUCUACCGCAGCCAAUACCACCGCAACCGAUUCUUCUGUAGUCGACCCUACCCCAGCCAGCCACAUGCAAUCCAAUCACAAGUCAACAAGAAACAAGUCCACCAGGCACAAGUCAACCAAGGACCAGUCAUUGAACAACACGCCAUCCCCUUCCGAGGAAGCUGUCUUGGAAGGCGAGUCACUUACCACGGAGCAAAAUAUUGUUCUAGACUUCGUGCUGCAUCAAGGCAAGAGCGUCUUCUUCACUGGUCCUGCCGGUACCGGAAAAUCUUUUCUACUGCGCAAGAUCAUCGCUGCGUUGAGAGUGAAGUAUAUUUCCAAGCCUGAAAAAGUCACUGUAACAGCCUCAACGGGGAUUGCUGCUACCAAUAUAGGAGGACAGACAUUGCAUAGCUUCGCUGGCGUUGGCCUCGGCACAGGAACAGCGGAGGAGCUUCUCACAAAGAUCGUGAAGGACAAGAAAAAACGGAAGCUCUGGAAGACAGUCAAGGUUCUCAUUAUCGAUGAGAUAUCCAUGAUCGAUGGAGAGUUCUUCGACAAGCUAGAUCAAAUCGCACGUGGAGUACGAGGAAACCGAUUGCCUUUUGGAGGGGUCCAACUUGUGGUAACCGGCGAUUUCUACCAGUUGCCUCCCGUAUCGAAGACUCUCAGCUCAACGUUUGCCUUCGAGUCUGAAUCCUGGAGGUCGACCAUCGACUACACGAUUUGCCUAACUCACGUCUUCAGGCAAAAGGACCCCAUCUUUACGGGGAUGCUGAAUGAGCUGAGAGAGGCGUGCCUUUCCUUUGACUCAAUUCAGCGAUUCAGAAGUUUGGACAGACCAUUGAAUCUCAAUGGCGGGCUCGAGCCAAGCAAAUUGUUCCCUUUGAGAAGCGAAGUGGACAGAGAAAAUAAUGCGAAGCUGGACAGACUCCCUGGCGAUAUUCGCACAUUCGAAACACAACACUCGUGA